AGUGUGUGAGCUCGGUGGGCAGGACCAGAGGACUGUUCACAGUAACCGAUCCCAGAGACAGAGAGGAGGACCAGCGGUGGGAGUGGAGCUCAGCUCAGAGUUACUGGACCUCUGGAGGAAAACACUCAUCCAGUAGAGCAGCUCAGGUUAGCUGCUGGCUAACUUAGCUGCUGGUUAAUCUAACGCUGUAAAACAUGUUCACCUCUCCGCGGGUCGGUUCCAGAGAGAGAUGACUGAGGACUGAUGACGGAUGACGGAUGACGGUAGUUGUUGAUGUUUCCACCGAGCAGCCUUGAGUUGAGUUAUGCUCUCACGAAAGAAAAGUAAAAACGAAGCGUCGAAACCAGCCGAGGUCCACGGGAAGUAUGUGAAGAAGGAAACGUCUCCGCUCCUCAGAAAUCUUAUGCCCUCAUUCAUCCGUCAUGGACCCACUAUUCCACGACGCACAGAGGUCCCUCUGCCAGAUAUGGGGCCCUCUGCCUACCCUGUGGCGCCCACCCGGGAGCCUGUGGUGUCCCGCAACAAGAGUUUUCUCCGCGCCCCCGUGCAGAGGCCUCCUCACGAGGUGGCCCGCAGAGAGAGCCACCGAAUGUCAGCACCUCCAUACCUGCCUCGCAGUCUGGGAGACCUGCCCCACGAGUACGGCGGCUCCUCACAGUCCUUCCUCACAGACGUGAGCCCCAUGUCUGAGAACGGAGACGCUGCCCGGUAUUACUACCCCUCUGAACCUUACUUUGACAACCAGCAGCAGCAGCAGCAGCAGCAGCAGCAGCAGCAGCACCAACAACACCAACAGCAGCAGCAGCAGCAACAGCAGCAGCAUCAGCAGCAGCAGCAGCAGCGCCAGCCCAGGAGGGUCCCGGACCGCUUUCCUGAGGACUAUAGAUACUAUGAGCACAAUGAACACAACUUCCAAAGAGUUCCACGACAACACACUCCCCCAGCUCCAAGCAGACCCCCUUCAGGCAUAGGUCGAAUACAGGCCAAGUCCCUUGGGAACCUCUCCAAUCUAACGGGAGAGGACAUCCCCCUUCCGGGCGGCUGGACCGUUGACUGGACCAUCCGUGGCAGGAAGUACUACAUCGACCACAACACGAACACUACACACUGGAGCCACCCUCUGGAGAGGGAGGGGCUCCCUCCGGGCUGGGAGAAGGUGGAGUCGGCUGAGUUUGGGGUCUACUACGUGGAUCACAUCAACAAGAGGGCGCAGUAUCGACACCCCUGUGCUCCGAGUGUGCCCCGCUAUGAUCAGCCUCCACCGUUACCACCUCCUGUGACCUAUCAGCCACGUCCUGUAGAUAGGAACCAGCCCGUGCUGGUGCCAGCUAACCCGUACCACACAGCGGAGAUCCCAGACUGGCUGCAGGUUUACGCCCGCGCCCCUCUCAAGUAUGACCACAUCUUGAAGUGGGAGUUGUUCCAGCUGGCAGACUUGGACACAUAUCAGGGCAUGCUGAAGCUGCUCUUCAUGAAGGAGUUGGAACACAUCGUCAAAUCCUACGAGGCGUACCGGCAGGCGCUGCUGAUGGAGGUGGAGGCUCGCAAACAGCGGCAGCAGUGGUACGCCCAGCAGCCCAACAAGAACUUCAUUGGGAACAUGUGAUGUGUGUGUGUGUGUGUGCAGCGGGGACGUCUCGCUGCCACACCUCUCUGAGGUUUCCACAGUUUGGGAGCGGUCAGGGUUUCCUUUGAAAUCAUGAUGGACUCUUAAUUGCCUCUUUACCAAACACAUCUGUGCCUUCGCUUGAUCCAAAUAUAUCAGCCAGGAAGUCAAGACGCACAUUGGCGGAGGGGCCCAGUCCCCCCCCCCUCCCCCAUGUGACACUCAAUUUAUGAAUGACCAUGUGACUGAAAAACACUCCCAAUGAAGAAGAAGAAUAAUGUGCUACAUCUGGGGAGACUGCUUGCGGUGCCGUUUACAGCCACUGCCCUAAAAAACUGAAUUGCUGUAUGGAUUUCUGUUUUUACGACUGAGGAGAACGGAGUCUGAGAAACUACGGAUAUUUGUUCAAAAACAUCCUGAGAUUGUGCCUUUUUAAUAAAAUAAAACGCAGCAGUUUUUAUACACCGGUCAUUUUUUUCCCGUGGGAGGAAAUGACAGGCAGCUUCUUCUAAUUUGUUUCUAUAUGAAAUACUUCUUUUUCCUUUUGCUUUGAUACCCUCAUAAACUGAAACCGCACUCUUUUACAUUAAACAGAAAGUGUGCAUUUUUCUCUUUUUUUUUUAUGACAUAUCCUUUAUAAGACAAUCCACCAAAACUUUCACAGAUAUUUAAGUUUUGUUAUGAAACACGUCUUUAUUUAAAGACCUUUUUGUUGGAUGAAGCAUCAUAUUUGAUGUUUGAGCAUCUCGUGGCUCUUGGCAUUACUGUAAGUCAGGAAUAUUCUUGUGUGUAUAAUGAAACAUGAAUAAGCUACUGGAACUUUAUAAAACACUUCAGAAGACACACUAAGUUUGCCAAACAAGUGCAAUUGAACUUCUUGUUUCGUACUUUUUGGAUAUUUCUCGCCUUGGUAAUGCCUUAUUUUUAUGGACUGACACGUCUCUUCUGUGGAAGAAGUGCAGGUUCCUGGAAGCAAAUUUUAUUGAUCGCUAAUCAAUCAGCCUAAGCCAUCUUAAGAUACUCAGAAAUGUUUUUAUGCUGGAGGUUUUGGUGCUAGCUUCCAAUCAAUUCACUCACUAAGGUGAAAAACAUGUUUUUUUUUUACAUUAUUGCUUUACUUAAAUCUAUUUUCACAGUAAAAUAAAGAAAUAAAAGUGUUUAAUGGGACCUGUUUAUGAGAGCGAUCACAAAUCCAAACAUUUCUGAAUGUCCUAAAAGGCUGUCUGAUGAGGUAACGGUGGAAUAGGUUUGUAGAGAACCUCUCUUCACUAUGCAAGAAGGUCUCAUUAUCACAUCUUUUCAGAACGGUGUCAUCAGUUUGUACAUACCUGAUUUUAUGGAUUGCAAAUACAGGACAUAAGCAAUAAAGUCUGCAGUGAAGAAAAAUACA